AUGAUGUCCUUCUUCCCUCUGCUCCUGGUAGGCAUACUGUUCCCUGCUAUCCAGGCCAAACAAUUUACAAAAUGUGAGCUGAGCCAGGUGCUGAAAGACUUGGUUGGUUAUAGAGGCAUCACUCUACAAGAAUGGAGCUGUACCCUAUUUCAUAUGAAUAGUUAUAAUACACAAGCCAUAGUUCAUAACAAUGGAAGCACGGAAUAUGGACUCUUCCAGAUCAGUAAUAAAUCUUGGUGCAAGGAUGACCAAAUCCCUCAGUCAAGGAACAUCUGUGACAUCUCCUGUGACAAGUUCUUGGAUGAUGAUCUUACUGAUGACAUAAUGUGUGUCAAGAAGAUCCUGGAUAAAGAAGGAAUUGACCACUGGCUGGCUCAUAAACCUCUGUGUUCUGAGGAAUUGGAUCAGUGGCUCUGCAAGAAGUUGUGA